AUGGCUGUGUCUGAUGCAGCGGAGUGGACGGAACUCUCCAACUGCUUCUAUCGCGUACAGCCUCUGCCAGACCUGCAAUGGCAGGACGUGGACCUAUCAGAACUCAUGAUCGCCUGUGCGCCUUACGGUGGACCAAUCGCCACCGUCCGCGACCCGAACCACCUUUCCAGGCGCGGCAGCAGUGCAGGCUUGGCAGCGCAGGCUCGGCAGUACAUAUCAGUGUUCUCAGCAGCUGGACGGCCGAUUUCGCGGUUUUUGUGGGAGCCUCCGGGAGGGAGGCUGAUGGGGUUGGGGUGGAGAGAGGAUGCAGUGGGAGGGCUGGUGCUUGUAACGGUGCUUGAAGACGGCACUGUUCACCAGUGUUCCAUGCAUGGGAAGGGCACUCUCCCUCGAAUCCCCCUCCACACAACCAACCUAGAGGGUAUCACGGAGGCUCAUAUAUUCGGCAUGCGAGGGGGAGGAGAUAGAGGAGGAGGAAGGGAAGGGGGAGAUACGGGGGGUGAUGGCGCGGAGGGGGAGGCAAGGGAUGGGGGAGGGGGAGAAGAAGGGGGGAGGAGCGGAGGGGGAGGGCGUGUGGCGGCGGGAGUGGUGUGCUUGACUGAGAGUUGUCAGCUGCUGGCAAUGGUGGACUUUGAUGAACCAGAGGUCUUCCCCCUGGCGGAUCCGGGCCUCUCUGAACCGCCCGCCUGCAUGGCUGUGCUGGAGCCCGUGAUGACGUCAUCGGAUGACGUCAGCGCGUCCCAGGUGGCGGUGCUGCUGGGAACGGAGGCGGCUCUCUUGAGGGUGGAUGGGGAGACGGUGCAGCGCGUGGGUGCCCCAGAGAUGACCACAACAGUGCAGCGCAUGGCAGUGUCAGCUUCCGGGAAGCUUCUGGCGUGCUUCACGGCGGAUGGUCAGCUGCAUGUGCUGCUGACGUCAGACCUCUCCAGGCGGAUCUCCCACUAUGACACUCAGACCAGACGCCUUGGCAUGGUGUGGCGAGGACGCGGUGCUGCUCUCCUGGCAGCACCCCCCCGCUCGGGCCUCAUCCACACACAGAUACUCUCUCCCCUCUCCCUCCUGCAGAUCGUGUUACCAGACGCCAUGGCAUGGUGUGGCGAGGACGCGGUGCUCCUCUCCUGGCAGCACCCCGCUGACCUCAUGCUCACAUGCACACCCUCCCCUCCCUCACCUCCUUUCCCCACCAUCCCCUGCUGCAGAUCGUGCUACCACCACACGCCAUGGCAUGGUGUGGAGAGGACACGGUGCUGCUCACCAGGCAGCACUCCCCUGUACUUAUGCUUAUGGACCCUGGGCAUGCCAUCAAGUGCUCUCUGCCCUGCCCUGACCGCCCAUGUGCCCACUGCUUGUGUGCAGAUAGUGCUACCACCAGAUGCCAUGGCAUGGUGUGGCGAGGAUGCGGUUCUCCUCUCCUGGCAGCACCCCACUGCCCUCAUGCUCGUCGGCCCUGGGGAUGCCAUCAAAUACUCAUUAGGAGGGGAAGAGGACGACGAGGAGGAGGAGGUGGAGGGGGAGGAGGAAGAUGGGGAGAUAGAGCGAGAGGCAGGAGGGGAAUUGAGUAGGCGCCGCGCGUUCGGCUCGGCAGCUCUUCGCAGUGUGCCAGCGCCAGCAUCAGCCCUUGAUACCACCACCGCCACCACCGACAGCUGCCUAAUCCUCAUCCCCGAGUGUGACGGCGUCCGCCUCCUCUCCUCCUCUCACUCCGAUUUCAUCUCUCGGGUCCCCGAACCCACCGUAGCUGCCUUUGCUCUCGCCAGCACCGCACCCCCGGCUCUCCUCCUAGAGGCGUUUGGGCUGUUUGAGAGGCGGUCGGGGAAGGCGGAUGAGCAUGUGAGGGCGAUGGGGGUGGCGGUGAUGGGGGAGGCGGUGCGAGGGUGCAUGCAUGCUGCUGCGCAUGAGGGGGAUGUGGAUGGGCAGAAGCGGCUGCUCGCUGCUGCUGCCUUUGGCAGGGCAUUCUGCAGGAAGUUUCCUCGCGAUCGCAUGAUGAGUCUGUGCAAGGACUUGCGGGUGUUGAACGCUGUGCGGAGGGCAGAGGAGGACGGGCUGACCAAUGGCGUGAGGGCAAUGGAGACAGCUGGCAUGCCGCUCACGUACGCACAAUACAAGGAGCUCUCCCCAGCGCGUCUCAUUGCCCGCCUGUGCUCCACACACCACCAUCUGCUCGCUCUUCGCGUAGCUGCAUUUCUCGGCCUUCGCACGGAGAGUGUGUUGGAGCACUGGGCUAUCUCCAAGAUCCUAUCUGCAUCGCAAAUGCCUGAUGAAGUGCUCUACGACACCAUAACAAAGCAGAUCGACACAGACAAGCGUGGAAGCCUCGCAGUAUCCUUCGCAGCCGUGGCUACAGUGGCAUUUCAUACAGGCCGGCACGAGCUGGCCACGCGGCUGCUGGAGAGGGAGGUUCACACGGGGAGGCAGGUGCGCCUGCUCUUGGAAAUGGGAGCGUUUGAGGCGGCACUGUGGAAGGCAGAGGCGGGGCCAGAUGCGGAUUUCGUGCUCCAAGUGCUCUUUCAACUGCUCGAUAAGGCGCCAGAGGAGCAGGUGUUUGAGCUGCUCAAGAGCCACCCCACUGCCCGAAGCCUCUUCAUCUCAUACUGCAAAAAAUCCGACAUUCCUCUUCUCAUGCGGUUCUAUGAGCACUCCUCCAUGCACCAGUGUGUGGCAGAGCAAAUUGUGAAGCAGGGAUUGCAGGAGGGGUUGAAUAGGUGGGGAGCGGAGAGGGUGAGGGAGCUCGAAGCAGCAGCAGAGCUCCUCUCACGGACCAGAGACCACGGGUUUCAGUCAAAAGCGGUGGAAGAUUCCGUGAAGCUCCUGCGCUUUCAGCAGCAGUUGGAUGCAGCAGGGAUGCAGCCUCCCCCACCCACCACCACUGCCACUGCCACUGGUGCAGGGGAAGGUGGGGGGAUUGGGGAGGAGGAGGGCAGGAGGAGGAGUGUGGUGGGAGCGAGUGUGAACGAGACGAUUGCUGCUUGCCUGGCUGCGGGGAACCACAGGGAAGCGCAGAAGCUGAAGGGCGAUUUCAAGGUACCAGAGAGACGCUAUUAUUGGCUGAGACUGCAGGCUCUGGCGCGCCUAAGAGACUGGGAGGGGCUGGAAAAGCUGUUCAAGGAGCGACGGCCUCUGGUGGGGCUGCGGGCGUUUGUGGAGGCGUGUGUGGAGCAAGGCGCUGUGGUGGAGGCUGCUAAGUAUGUCGGCAGGAUUGCAGAUGCGGGCGAAAGGGAAGAGGCGUGUGUGGAGCAAGGCGCCGUGGUGGAGGCUACUAAAUACGUUGGGAGGAUUGGGGACGCGGGUGAAAGGGAAGAGGUGAGAAAGGAUUGGGUUGGGUUGGGUGCAGGGUGGGCAGGUGAACGGGUGGGCCUAGGGGCCUUUGUGAAGGCGUGUGUGGAGCAAGGCGCUGUGAUGGAGGCUGCUAAAUAUGUCGGCAGGAUUGGCGACGCAGGAGAAAGGGAAGAGGUGAGAAGUGAGGGGCAGGGGAUGGAAGUAGACUCGAAAAGAGGGCGGGAAGAUGAGCGGGUGUGCAUGCAAGUGUUUGUCGAGGCGUGUGUGGAGCAAGGGGCGGUGCUUGGAGCAGCUAAAUACAAUCUGACAUGA